AACACACAUGAAGUGUCAAACCAAAACAGUGAGCAGUCUGAGAGAAAAGACAACAUUACAGCAGUAGAAACCUGACCAGAGGAAAACAAGAAGACGGUGAGCUCUCCUAACAUGAUGCCUACAGCUAAAGGCAUGUCCCACAUGCUUCCCAACCAUGUUCUGAGAGUGGGUCAAACCAUUCGCCUGGACUCUGCUCAGGAGACAGUCAAUACUCAGCCCAAUGGUAACCAUGGUGACGCUGAUCUCGACAUCUCCCUGAAUAAUCUCAACCAGCUCAUCCUAGAUUUGGAUCCGACAUUUGAACCCAUUUCAGUCAUCAAAAGUCCGUCUUGCAUCAGCCCUCCUGCAGAUGAAGAAAUCUCCCACUGCGUGUUGGUCUCUAGAGGAUGCAACCCACAUACCAUUGUCCAGUCUGUGUCACCCAGUAUACCCAUCCCUUCACGACCCGGCCCGCCGGUAUUCUCCAGCUCCCCAACAUGCUCACUGCCUCCACUGCCAUGUGGAAGUGCACCCCGACGAAUUCCCUCAACAAAGCAGGACAUGGCGUUUUCGCAAGGAUCCUUCUUGCCAAACCCCAACAGAAACAGUGGCAUCUCGCUCCUCUCCAUGUCAACAUGCUCAGACACCAGCUACAUCCUUGGCAGCACCCUGUCCUUGGCCAGUGAAGAUGCUGACUCUCCAGAGUCCAACCUUACCGGUACAUCCAGCUCCUUCAGUGAUGUGUCCCCUAUGAGGCUAUUUGAUAACAGGGACAGCGCAGACAGGCCUUCGCUGACAAAACAGGGACAUCUGCAGGAGCUCCAGAGCAAAGGAGCACAGAGCAGUCCAGCUUCACUCAAUGGGUCUUUGACUGACAUCCCUGUGCUGUUGGUGAAUGGUGCACCAGAACCAAAUCUGCACAUCAAUUAUCCUGAAUCAGAAAUGGACUUGAUACAGACUGUAACUGUGUCCCCCUCGAAGCCAUUCUACCCUCACAGUUUCCGGGACCAUUUUAAUGGCAGUCAGCCCUCAAUGAAAUUUGUCAUGGACACCUCAAAGUUUUGGUUCCUUCCACAUAUCACCAGAGCAGAAGCUGAAGCUCUGGUAAAAAACAAGGAAGCAGGAACAUUUGUGGUGAGAGACAGCACCUCUUACAGAGGCAGUUUUGGCCUGGCCAUGAAGGUGGACCAAAGUCCCACCAACUUCACUCCUUCCACCUACCCAGGAGAGAGCAGUUCAGACGUUGUCAGACACUUCCUCAUUGAAUCAUCAACUAAGGGCGUUCGGGUCAAAGGCUCUUCUCAGGAACCAUACUUUGGAAGUCUCUCAGCCCUGGUCUACCAGCACACUAUCUCCGCUUACGCUUUACCCUGCAAAUUACUGCUCCACUCUCAAGAUCUGGGAACAGCAAAGCAAAAGAUAAAUGACAAACCAGCCCCAGACGACAAGAGUAAAACAGCUUGCAACUUUAUCUACCUGAAUGCUGUUCCCACCGAGAUGCUGACGGGCCCCUGUGCCGUUCAGAAGGCAGUGUCCUCAACUUUUGGGAAGGUCUCUGGGUCCUUCAUACCAACCGUGGUCAAUCUGAAGGUGUCGUUGAAGGGUGUAACACUGACAGAUAUCAACAGGAAGCUUUUCUUCAGACGCCAUUACCCUGCUCACCUGCUUAGCUACAGUGGUGAAGAUCCAGACAAUAGAUUGUGGAUAAAAGGUUCCACAUUUGGUGCAAGGAUGUUUGGCUUUGUGGCCAAAGGCAUCGAGGCUGGUGCGGAGAACGUAUGCCACGUCUUUGCAGAGUAUGACCGCCUGCAGCCUUGCAACAAGGCUGUCAAGGUUAUUCAGGCGGCCAUAGCCAACCAUUAAACACACAAGCACUGAUACAACUCAAACAGCUUGCAGCUUUAAGGCCUUAUUUAAUCUUGUCUGUAUGUACUGUCCUUUUCUCAAGUAAUCUCUUCAGCACCAGAAAAAUGUAGAUGCAAAGUGCUUAACAUUUUUUUUACAUGGUCAGAUGAUUAAAGUCAUAUUGAAAAGGCAGGUGCAACCACAGCAUAUACUGUAUGAAGGCUGAAGACUGAGGAGUGGUCUAAAAAGAAGAGACAGGGAACCAAUGUAUAGUAUGAUUGUAAUUAAAUGGCACACUGCUAGACAACAUCACUGAUCUCUCGCUGAAUAUUUGAAGCUGCCCAGAAAAUCAUACAAUGUGUUAUUGUGUAAUAUGUUAAAACCAACAUCUUGCAUAUUCAGGGGGGUGCAGCAGUGUAUUGUGUCUUGUUUUAAGGUUGAAUGAAUACAAUGGAAAUUGAAGUUUAAAUGUGCUCAGCUGUCUGAAAUAUAAAUCAGUGAGGGAAUUUGAAUGUUCUUUAAUGAAAAGCACUUGAAAUAUUGUUAUGUCCUUUAAUUUCAAAGCAGAGUUUUUGCAUAUACUCUAGGUCAGAAUGUAUUUAUUAUACUGCACUGUAAACAAUUUCUUUCUGUAUAUUAAUGAUACUAUUUUUCAAAUUGUUACGAUUAAAAGCUACACAUUGAA